AAUGUUGGAGUAAAUGUUUAACUCAUUGUAGAGAAGAACAGUAGAGAUGCAGCAUUUGGAGAGUUAAGUAGAGUUUUAAGAUGCCAUUGCAGGAAGCUCUUAUAGCUAUAUGCCAAUCUUUGCAAAGUGCAGCUACUAAUAUAAAUAUAUAGGAAUUAUAGGCAACCCAACGAUAUCUCAGUGAUUCUAAAAAUCUCCCAGUGUUGAUAAUAAUAUUCAGCACUAUUUUAAGGAUGUCGCGGCUUCUUCUGCUAACCCUUUGUCUUAUGAUGAUAAUGACUAGCUCGAUAGCCCGAGCUUCCAGUGAUGAUGAUCGUAAGGCCUAUAUUGUGUAUAUGGGCGACCGUCUAAAGGCUGAUCUGCACGGGCCAUCUAUUCACCGGAAUAUGCUUGAACAAGUUCUAGGAAGUAAUGCGUCGUCAUCCUUACUCCACAGUUACACCAGGAGUUUUAAUGGAUUUGUUGUGAAGCUUUCUUCAGAAGAGAUGCUUCAAGUAGCUGCUAUGAAUGGCGUGGUGUCUGUGUUCCCAAAUAGAAAGAAGCAGCUCCAUACAACAAGAACGUGGGACUUCAUGGGUUUUCCUCAAGAAGCUGAUAGAACAAAUACAGGAAGUGAUGUUAUUAUCGGUGUUUUUGACACUGGUAUUUGGCCAGAGUCAGAUAGUUUUGAUGAUACUGGAUUUGGUCUUCCACCAGUCACAUGGAAAGGCAUUUGUCAAACCUCCAACAUUACCUGCAACAAUAAAAUUGUUGGGGCAAGAUAUUACAAGAGUGAUGGAGUUUAUGGCCCCCAAGAUUUUGUCUCACCAAGAGACUCAGAAGGUCAUGGAACACACGUUGCAUCCACUGCAGCCGGGGGCGUGGUUAACACUGCAGGUUUAAUUGGACUAGCAGCAGGGACUGCUAGAGGCGCGGUUCCAUCAGCACGUCUUGCUAUAUAUAAAGUAUGCUGGUCUGCUAUUUGUGAAGAUGCAGAUAUUCUUGCAGCAUUUGAUGAUGCAAUUGAAGAUGGUGUCAACAUAAUUUCUAUUUCAGCAGGUGGAGAACCUUCUCUGAAUUACUUCAAUGAUUCGAUAGCUAUUGGAUCUUUUCAUGCCAUGAAACAUGGAAUUUUGACCUCCACAUCCGCGGGAAAUGAUGGUCCUGAUUUAGGAACAAUCAGUAAUUAUUCACCAUGGCAUUUAUCGGUUGCUGCUAGCACCAUUGAUAGGAAGUUCUUUACAAAAUUGAAACUAGGCAACAAUAAGGUCUACCAGGGAGUUUCGGUGAACACGUUUGAUAUGAAGAAUGUUACUUAUCCUAUAAUAUAUGGUGGCAAUGCACCUAAUGUCACUGGAGGUUUUAAUGGUUCAUCAUCCAGGUAUUGUGAAACAGAUUCAUUAGACUCAACUUUGGUGAAAGGGAAAAUUUUGCUAUGUGAUGUGUUAAAUGAUGGGGAACCGGCACUUCAGGCAGGUGCAGCUGGAAUCGUCAUGCAAGGAGAUGAACCCGCUAAGGAUUUUGCCGUCUCCUUUCCUCUGCCUGCAACUUUCCUCAGUGCAGAUGAUGGCCUCAAUGUCUUUAAUUACAUUAACAGAACUAGUAACCCCAUUGGAACUAUCCUCAAGAGCAAUGAAGAGAAUGACACAUUUGCUCCAUACGUGGCCUCUUUCUCAUCAAGAGGGCCAAAUCCUGUUACAUUUGACAUCCUCAAGCCUGAUAUUGCUGCACCUGGAGUUGACAUAUUAGCAGCAUGGUCUUCAGUUUCUCCAGUUUCCCGAGUUAAAAGUGAUCAACGAAGAGUGCCAUAUAACAUAAUAUCUGGCACAUCCAUGGCAUGUCCACAUGCUACUGGAGUUGCCGCCUAUAUUAAAUCAUUUCAUCCCUCUUGGUCUCCUGCAGCCAUUAAGUCUGCUAUUAUUACUACUGCAUUUCCAAUGAAUGCUACGACGAGCCUAGACAAUGAAUUUGGAUACGGUGCAGGCCAUAUUAAUCCUGCCAGAGCUAUAAAUCCUGGUUUAGUUUAUGAUGCUGGUGAAAUUGACUAUGUAAAAUUCUUGUGUGCCCAAGGAUACAGUAAUAAACAUUUACAAAUUGUUACUGGAGAUAACAGCACUUGUUCUGAAGCAACAAAUGGAACUGUCUGGGAUCUGAAUUUACCAUCAUUUGCUCUGGCCGCAUCUUUACCUGCUAGAUAUGUCAAUCAAACUUUCCAGAGGACCGUAAUGAAUGUUGGAUCACCGGGGUGCACAUAUAAGGGUACAGUUACAGGAUCCAGCACACUUAAUAUCCAAUCAGAGCCAUCUGUUCUAUCAUUUACACACAUCGGACAAAAGCUUUCAUUCGUAGUGAAAAUUGAAGGAAGAUUAAUAGAAAGCAUAGUUUCUGCUUCUUUGGUUUGGGAUGAUGGACUCCAUCAAGUAAGGAGCCCCAUUGUGGUGUAUGCUACCUCCUAAAUUCUGUAACUUAUUUCUCAAAAGCACAUGAUGAGGUGAACACGAGUAACUUCUAGAAUAAUGUUAAAGGUUAUAAGAAGUAGAUUAUUGGACUAUCAUUAUUUCUUGGUUUACUGUAAACAAAACAAGUUGAAUUAUUUAACAGGCGGAUCAGCAAGGCAAACAUACUUUGUCAUUCAGAUUUGAAAAUUUGCAGAAGCAUUAUGGUCAUACAUAGCCUCCCUUGAACAAUUUGGAAAUGAUGCAGGUAUGCAAGUGGACUAUUUGGUAAUAA